CCCACCUCCUCGCUGUCUCCCUGCAGGAAUGGGCGGGUCCUUGUUAAAAACCCACACCUGGACUUGAUGGAGGAGGAUGUCCUGUACCACCUGGACUUGGGAACGAAGACUCACAACCUGCCAGCAAUGUUUGGGGACAUCAAGUUUGUCUGCGUUGGCGGCAGCCCCAACAGGAUGCGGGCGUUCGCGCAGUUCAUGCAGCGGGAGCUGGGGCUGGCGGGGGCCGGCGAGGACGUGGCUGACAUCUGUGCGGGCUCCGACCGCUACGCCAUGUACCGGGCAGGGCCCGUGCUCUCCAUCAGCCAUGGAAUGGGCAUCCCUUCCAUUUCCAUUAUGCUCCAUGAGCUGAUCAAACUGCUGCACCACGCAAAAUGCCGGGACGUUACCAUCAUACGCAUCGGUACUUCUGGGGGCUUAGGGAUCGAGGCUGGCUCUGUUGUGAUCACUGACACGGCCGUGGACUCCUCCUUCCAGCCCCGUUUUGAGCAGGUGGUGCUGGGUGACGUGGUGGUGCGCAGCACCGAGCUGGACAAGGACCUCGCAGAGGAGCUGCUGGCCUGCAGCAGGGACAUUCCCGACUUCCCCACGCUCAUCGGCCACACCAUGUGCACCUACGACUUCUACGAAGGUCAGGGGAGAUUAGAUGGUGCAUUGUGCUCUUUUUCCAGUGAAAAAAAGUUGGAGUACUUAAGGAGAGCUUAUGAUGCUGGUGUGAGGAAUAUUGAGAUGGAGUCCACGGCCUUCGCUGCCCUGUGUGGACUGUGUGGUCUCAAAGCCGCCGUGGUGUGCGUGGCGCUCCUGGACCGGCUGGAGGGGGACCAGAUCCGGGCGUCCCACGAGGUGCUGUGGGAGUACCAGCAGCGGCCGCAGCGCCUCAUCGCCGCCUUCAUCCGCAAGCGCCUGGGCCUGUGCCCCACGGACUGCUCCGGGAACCGGGACCGGGACAGCUCCGGGAACCGGGGCAGCUCCGGGAACCGGGACCGGGACAGCUCCGGGAACCGGGGCAGCUCCGGGAACCGGGACCGGGACAGCUCCGGGAACCGGGGCAGCUCCGGGAACCGGGAUUGGGGCCGCUCCGGGAACCGGGACCGGGGCAGCUCCGGGAACAGGGACAGCUCCGGGAACCGGGAUUGGGGCAGCUCCGGGAACCGGCACCGGGACAGCUCCGGGAACCGGGACAGCUCCGGGAACCGGCACCGGGACAGCUCCGGGAACCGGCACCGGGACAGCUCCGGGAACCGGGACCGGGGCGGCUCCGGGAACCGGGACAGCUCCGGGAACCGGCACCGGGACAACUCCGGGAACCGGGACCGGGGCAGCUCCUGGAACCGAGACCAGGGCAGCUCCGGGAACCGGGACAGCUCCGGGAACUGGGACCGGGGCAGCUCCGGGAACCGGGACAGCUCCGGGCCCGCGGAGGCGUAUCUGCCGCAGCCGGCGGACCCCGGGAGCGGCCGGCCCGCAGCGCCGCUGGAACCGCACACAAUGUGCGCUGACGAGGAACUGAGGGUGCGGAACCGAGCUGCAGGCUCCUCACUCCUGGCUGCAGCCCCCGAGAAGGACUGUCCUGUAAGGGUCACUCCCGUCCACAGCGAGCUUCCCGAAGGACAGCCCUUUGCUUUGGACAUAAAGACAAAACCUAAGUAA